AAUAUUUAUCAAUUUGAUGGCCUAUCGACUUACAAGUAUGGUAUGAUGCGGGUGGUGGGGCCACCCGUUCCCAAAAGUCAUACAAAUACAUUACCCGAUAAUUGGUUUGACCAACGAGUCGAUCACUUUAACAAUAGCGAUACCCGUACUUUCAAACAGCGAUAUUUUUUAAACGAUAAAUAUUACAAAACGGGUGGACCAGUAUUUCUAUUGGUUGACGGAGAAAAUGAAGGACAGGACUAUUUUAUAACCAAAGGUGCCGUCUCAGAGUAUGCCAAACAGUUUAACGCAUUGCUAGUAGAUCUGGAGCACCGAUACUAUGGUCAUUCAGUACCGACCCCUGACUUAUCAGUUGACAAUUUGCGAUACCUGACUGUUGGACAGGCCCUGAAAGAUACCGAACAGUUUAUCGGGUAUUUGAACAAAAAGUUAGCACUGAAUACUAACAAUACUAAAUGGAUAGCAUUUGGCGGAUCGUAUGCGGGAAAUUUGGUCGCAUUUUUACGGGAGAAAUAUCCGCACGCAGUGGCCGGUUCGGUGGCCAGUAGUGCACCCGUUCAGAUGACCUAUGAUUUUAAUCAGUAUUUUACUGGUGCUGGCAAAUCCAUGGGCACCGAGUGCUCCAAUCAGAUCAGAGAAGCUGUACGUCUAGUGGAGGACCAGUUGAAGACACCCGAGGGUUGGCUGGCCAUUGAAAAAGAGCUAAAACUAUGUAAACCGUUGAACGGUACAGAUAUAUCAUCGGUGAAUACAAUGAUGAUAUCGGCGGCCAUACCGUUUGUUAUGGCCGCGCAAUAUGUUGGCCAAUCGGGUAUCGAUAUGGUAUGUGCAGUGAUGACCAAUACGAAAGACGGGUCGACACCAAUACAGAGGUUUACCAAAGUGUUGACACAGUUUAGCAAAGCUAAAUGUUUGGACAAUGAUUACAAUCAGUUUAUUGAUGAUAUUAGACAAACAUCAAAGACAGCACCGAUGAAUCAAAUUGGAUAUCGCCAAUGGCUUUGGCAGACAUGCACUGAGUUUGGCUACUUUCAGACCACUGACCAUACGGACAGUCCGUUUGGAAACCAGGUGUCUAUUGAUUUCUAUGUGAAACGUUGCGCCGAUAUGUAUGGCAAACAAUUUACUGGACAAUUCAUACGGAAAGGUAUCGACAAGUUUAACCAGUAUUAUGGCGGCGCCAAACCUAACGUCACUAAUGUCGUAUUUCCUAACGGUUCAACUGAUCCGUGGCGUGUAUUGAGUGUAUUGAAAGAUUUGAAUACAAGUAGCCGUGCUUUGAUGAUACAGGGCUGUGGCCAUGGAUCGGAUAUGCAGGAAACGUUGUCCACUGACCCGCGACAGUUGACCGAUGCCCGACUGGCCAUUGCAAAACAGAUUCAAUUGUUUUUGAAAUAA